AUAUAUAUAUAUAUAUAUAUAAAACGAUCUCUCAGCUGUUUGUCCAACUCCAAAGUAGUCCGAGACGUCAAGAUCGUACCACGCGAAUUUUCCACGCUGCAACGUCGUGUUUAUUUUUAGUCUCGAGUGUGCCAUGUCACGUCGUCGCAUCAACUCAUCGACAGGAUUUUUGCUGCGUAACAACGUGCCACGGAAUUCUUAAGAACUUGACAAGGCAACGCAUAGAAACUCGCAAUUUACUCGACAAUAAUUCUCUCGCAAUCUAUUCGCUGCGAGUAUCUAUGCGCCGUUGAAAUUAAAAGUCAGCUGAUAACUCCAUUGAGGAUUCAACCAUGAGGAAGACUCGCGUCAGCAUCUUCCGCGAUAUCUACUAUCAACCGUAUGACGACUGCACGAGGCUAAAGCUCUAUUCCAGCAGCAAAGCUAGCUUACAAUUAAUGCAGCGCAUGUCAUUGUUAAAGAGAUUGAAGGUCCACAAUGGUUGUGUGAAUUCUAUAUGUUGGAACAGCAAUGGAGAAUUGAUACUGUCUGGAAGUGAUGAUCAACAUCUCGUUCUAACUAAUGCACAUAAUUAUGAGGUAUUAACAGAUUAUAAGACAAGUCACAGGGCAAAUAUUUUUAGUGCCAAAUUUUUGCCUAAUAGCGGAGAUCACCGUAUUGUUUCUUGUAGUGGAGAUGGCAUUAUUUUGUAUACAGAUCUGAUGAGAAGAACAGAAACGUUUCAUAAUCAAUUCACUUGUCACACCGGCACUACUUACGAAAUUGCGACAAUACCCGGUGAACCACAUAGUUUCUUAAGCUGUGGAGAAGACGGGACUGUGAGAUGGUUUGAUCUCAGGAUAAAGGACAAAUGUAGCACUUAUAUAUCUCAUAAGGAUGUACUAAUCCCGUGUCAAAGAGCCGUGACCGCUUUGUCUGUGAAUCCUGUAUUGCCUCACCAAAUAGCGAUCGGUUGUUCCGAUAGCACUGUAAGAACAUUCGACAGAAGAACUCUUGGUACACCGGCCACCGGUUGGACAGACGCGGAAAGUUCGGUGAGACCGCUGUGCAGUUUCACUGUCCCAGAAUUCGAAGGCAAUUCUUACAGGAUUACGUCGUUGAGUUAUAGCCCGGAUGGACAAGACGUCCUUGUCAGCUAUAGCAGCGAUCAUCUCUAUUUAUUCAGUAUUAAAGAUCAAGGCAGUUUACAGUUGCGUAAAGAUGCGACAAUGGGAAAAGGAAAAGGAAAGAAGCAUCCGUUAAGAUCGCCUCAACCAGUUCGUCGUUUGAGACUUCGUGGCGAUUGGUCCGAUACCGGUCCCGAUGCACGUCCAGAAAGAGAAGGAGGACGUCGUAGUGGUACAGAAAUCGCUCAGGCAAGGCCGGUACUGCAUACGUCCUUGAUGCAAAGAAUGACGGACGUGCUCAGCAGAAUGUUAAAUGAUCCGGCCACACGCGCUGCUCUGAGUGGUGGAGGUGAAGAUAGUUUGGAAGGUGUCAUCGAACAACCAGAAAGUAUUCAGAACGUUGAGAACAAUCCUGAAUUGAACACAGAAAGAAGUAAUGACACGGUUGAAUUGAGUGCAGAACAAAGAAAUACUUUGGAAACAAGUGAAAAUGCGAGCACGCGUACUGAUAGAGUUGAAAGUAUAGACAUGGAUGAAACAAUUAAUACCGAGAGACUUCAAACGGGAGAAAUUGGACAAUCUCAGGAAUAUAACCAAUUAGCAUCACCGAAUAUAUCGGCAAGUAUGAACAAUGAUGUUCCUAUGGAAACUGAUUCUAGUCAAAGCGAUCGAGCGCAAAUUACUUCUAUAAGAUGUACAACUAGUCGUGACAGAACUGAGCAUGAUAAUGUAUGGAAUCGAAAUAGAAAUGAGGAUGAAGCCUCAUGCGGGAAUAUAACUAGUAAACAGGAGAAUAUGAUGGAGAAUCUUCAAGAUAGAUUAACAACAAUGCGGGACGGUUUCCUCGAACGACAUGGCAGUGAACCUGCUGUGAGUUUAACAUAUUCUGAUAAAAGUUCAACUAAUGCCACGAUAUCACUUGGUGUUGGCGACGAAAUGACUCGCGACAGUUACCAUCCAGGACCAUCUGGAAGUAGCGAUGGCACUCUUGAUGCAGGCCCAAGUAGUAAUCGCAAUCAUCAUUACAAUGAUAACACUAAAGAAGAUGUGUACAUUGAUAGCGAUGACGAAGAUAUCCAAUCUGAUGAAAGAUUAUUAAACCCAGUCGAGGAAAUGGAUGAAGCAAUUGCCAAUGCUCGUUCAUCGCAAGGACACGAAACGUUCGAUGAUGCCUGCCUAACGGAACUCUGCGUGAAACGAAAAUAUAUGGGACAUAGGAAUGCCAGUUUCUUUAGGACCAUGAUCAAGGAAGCGAAUUUCUGGGGCAACGAUUUCGUCAUGUCGGGUAGCGAUUGCGGUCACGUAUUCGUGUGGGAAAGAGACACCGCAAGGUUGUGUAUGCUGUUGGAAGCGGAUCAGCACGUGGUCAAUUGCUUGCAACCGCAUCCGUUUCUUCCAAUGCUGGCUACUUCUGGCAUUGAUUACGAUGUUAAAUUGUGGGCGCCGAUCAACGACGAACCAACCUUUGACGAAAAGUUUGCAGAAGACCUGAAAAAGAGAAACGCAGUUAUGUUAGAAGAGACCAAAGAUACAAUUACUGUACCAGCGGUUUUUAUGAUCAGAAUGUUGGCAUGUCUCAAUCAGAUACGCAGAGGUCGAGGUCGCAACAGGAGACGGAGCAGCGACGAGGGUGGCGAUUUACGAGGUGGUUGAGUCGUCUUCGACGUUCUGCAAGUAAUAACAAGCGAUAAUAAAACGAAACUCGCGUAUCAAUUAUGAAACUGCGAUUAUGAUAAUCCUUUAUUUACCGAUCGAAUCAAUAAACAUGGAAGAUCCUGAUCGGCAUGAACAGAUCUCGUGAUAUCUUAAGUCCAAUUCGAACGGUAUUUUGGUGUAAAGAUACAUUUAUAAAAUAUCUGAUGGCAUUGCGAAUAUCAUUACGUAUUCAUAUAUAUCUUGCGCUUAUAAUAAAAUACCAAACUGAAAUGGAUUUAAUCAGUACUCGAUUCCUCGAAUACCGAAGUUUAUAUCUUUUCUUCAUCUCUUAUGUACAAUCAUAUUUAUAUAGUGGAUUUAUAUUUUUAGUAUAUCGAAAAAAAAGAAUUUCGAUCUCUGUAUAUACUUUACAUUUAAUAUUAUUACAUGAUUAUCACGAAGUAUGAUAGUAUCUAUUAAUAUUUAUCCAAGUUAUAUAUUAUUCGUAUAUUUUGCAAAGGUAUUGUUGUCGAUGAAAUAUAUAAGCAGUGCAAAAUUAGCAUUAUCUAACUGCUAACUAGUUGAAAGUUUGCAAUAAAAGACAUUUUGUCAGUUUUUAAAUAUUUUUUUAUAUUAUUAGAUGAUAAUCGCCUGUGCAUGCUUAAUCAUGUUAAUGAUGUUAAAUAUUUUUGAUGACAAGAAAAAAUAUCAACUUGUGCAAUCGGAGACUAUUGAGGUUUCAAAUCCUUGUGUCUUGUUUUUACAUGCGUAGUCUUUAAUUUAUUAUUUUAACUAUUAAAAUCUCUUUUAAACCAAUAUAUUUUCUAUAUGUGUCAAAAUUAAAAUAGUAUUUCGUGAAACUUAGUAGAAUUAUAUUUCGUGUGCGAGAGAGAGAGGACAAAUACAUAGUACUGGGUUAUAGUUUAAUAUGAUCAAGAGAGACGUUUUAUUUUCUUUUGUUGUUACUGCAGGCACAAAUAUCUUGUAAAUUGCACAGUCAACUUUUAACAUCCGUUCUGUAUGUUAUUAAUUUACAUUGAUCAUCGAGAUUCAAGGAAUAAUAAUAACGAUGAAUGAAGUGACAGUAAUACAGUUUGAUCCCGUAGAAAAGGAUAAUGCGAUUCUAAUGUUAUUAGGACAUGAAAAUUUUUGUCGUAAGGCGAACCGUAACACGUGCCUUACAGGUUUUUUAGUUAAAGCAAUGAAGUAUCGAUAAUAGUAAUCGUGUCUACUUGAGAUAUAGGCAGAUUUAUGAAAAACGCUAAGGGUUUUAGAAAACGACUAUCGACGAUAAUCGUGUUGCGACGCCGCAUCUCGCGUAGCAUCGCCGCUUGUGCAAUUUUAUUAAUCGUUAGACGAUAUAGUUGUGUCAUAUUGGUAGAAUAUGACUAACGAUCAUUAGAUGAGCAACAUGUAAGAAUGAACGACAUUGUCUUUACAAUUUAUGUAUUGUUAAGAGGAGCUUGUUUAUAAUAAAAGUGUAAACGAACGUAUGAUAUAAUAGCAGUAUCGUUAUUCUCGUUAAUCCCAUCAGCAUCGAUCCUUUUUGUUUACACGCUCAACGUUACCUAUCAUAAUUGAAUAAAAACUCUCUCCCUCUCUCUCUGUUUAGUGUUAGGAUUUUGAUAAAGAAUUCUAAAAGUGAUGGCGUUUACGGUGCACGCGUAACAAUGUACAGUGCGAUAAAAUUAUUCUUAUGACUUAUAAUAACACACACGACAAACACAUACACAAACAUAACACACGUACAACAUUUGAUCAAGAUUGAAUUGGGAUUGUCGAGGAUCUCGUGGGCGCGCGAACAUGAACAAAUUCUUGCACUGUAAAAUCAAGUUGACAGCGAAUGUGUAGCAACGCUGAGACACACCGAGAUAUCUAAUUCUUUAUUUCGACAUCUCGAACUAAUGACAUGGAAGAAAGAUAAGAGAACGGGAAGUAAAAUAAUUAAAAACAACAAAUGUACAAAAUUAAACCACACGUUCAACAACAGAA